AUGAUAUCCCAGUACGCGGCGGAGCUAUGUAUGCUCUUGGUUGAGGAUCACUUUGGUGAGCUAUUUGCUCGCAUCUUUUCAAUCCUUCAACGCUAUGAGCGCUUGACACUUCCUCGGCUUAAAUUCCACUCCCGUCUCAAUGAUAGACAGUUGCGCCAUGCACUGGCUGCCAUGAUUCAACACCACCUCAUCUACCACUUCACCUCCCUCGAAGAUGGAAACACCUACUAUGAAGCGAACCCACAAGCUGCUUAUUACCUCGUGCGAUCUGGCAAGAUUCUUCAACUAGUUGAAUCACGACUCGGAGAGUAUGCUUCUCGUAUGAUGGAGGCCAUUUUGUACCUCGGACAUGCCUCAAUCUCGGAACUCGAAGUCCGCCCCGAACUUCGGUCAAGAAAGCCGGUGGCUGCAAAUGGGAUCAAACAUGAGGAAGAAGAACCUCAAGAAAACGGGAUGGAUGUGGAGGAAGAACACGCUACUGCAAAUGGGGAUCAUGGGGUUGAGGACAAGCCGGCACCGUUCCACGCCACUCUCAAGGCUCUUGCAUCCCACGGAUACAUCAUACGUGUGAGAGACGCUCACUUCCAGAGCCCUUCGGAUAAUCUACUUGAAGCGCAGCGAGCGGUUGCUGCUCGAUCUGAUAUCAAGGCCCUCAAAGGAAAGAAGCAGGAAGAGGCAAUCAAAGAGAGGGCCUUAGAAUUGGUCCAAGAACGAACGAACGGUGACCUCACCCAAGGACUCAUGUACAAUGGUCUGCCCCGUGGUAUUAAAAGGAGAUUUGGUAAUGGUUCCGGGAAUGGAAAAUCCCAGGACAACCAAAAUGGCGUCAAUGGCGAUCAUGCAGAAGACGAAGAGCAGCACGAGGAAGAAAAUGAAUGGUCCGAGGAUGAGGAUGGCUUCGACAAUAUCCCAAUGGAGUCUGGAAUGGUCGUUCGGGUCAAUUAUGAAAAGCUCGAUGUGGCUCUACGGAAUGCUCGAUUUGUAGAUCUCGCCCAGCAAGACGCACCUGCUGUGACCGCGGAGUUGUACGCUUGCCUUCUUCGUCGGGUGGAAUAUGCCACACCCCGCUGCCGAGAUUCAGAAGAAAUCCCUCGUGAGAAGGAAGAAGGAGAACAGUUCUCCGCUCCGAUCAGCGUCCAGACGUUACUUGAAGAUAUUGAUCCGAACAUGGAUCUAACCGGCGCCUUGGGACCAACGGAUCCCUCACAGGUGAUGAAUCAACGAGGAAAGCGGCCUCUGGAGAACGGCGUCAACGGCGACCACGAUGACGCUGACAAUGGCGAUGAAGCAUCGUCUGGGGCCAUGCGUGCCUAUUUAGUCAACCAGCAUCUUGGUCUUCUUUCACAACCCCCAUUCGACCUAGUAUCUUCUGUCACCCUAUCAGUGGGGCCCUCAAAAUGGCGUGUUGGCUUCCGCGGUCUUGCUCGGAAAUUGCGACACUUGGAAUUAGAACGAUUGAUUGAAUCCCGGUUCGGCGAUGUCGCACUCCGAGUGGUGCGUGUACUGCAGGCCAAGGGCAAACUGGAUGAGAAGCGACUGCAGGAGAUCAGUCUAUUGCCGUUCAAAGACUUGCGGCAGACGCUGGCUAGCAUGCAGAGGGGUGGAUUUGUGGACUUGCAAGAAGUUCCCAAGGAUGCUCAACGCCAACCCUCCAAGACCAUCUUCCUUUGGUACUAUGAUGCAGACCGGGUGUGCAGCAGUAUUUUGGAGGACACUUACAAGGCCAUGUCGCGAACUCUGCAGCGUAUCAAGCACGAGCGAGUGCUUGAAAAAGAUUUCCUUGAGAAGACGGAGCGCAGCGAUGUCAAGGGUCAUGAAGAGGAGUAUCUCACCGAGGGUGAGUUGGAGCGUCUGCAACGCUGGAGAAAUAAAGAGGCCUUGUUCCUUGCAGCUAUUGCUCGCUUGGACGAUAUGGUUGCUGUCUUCCGGGACUAUUAA